AUGCCACGUGUUCCAAACUCAGCUCGGGGAAAACGCUCUACCAGAAGAAAGAAAGAUGAGAAUGAUAUGUGUGCAUUUGAUUUGCUCGCAACUGUGGCAGGAAAUUUAUUAGCAGAUCAGGACAAUUCUUCUAAUGUUCCUAAUACCAAUGCAGCAAAAGCUAAAAAAAGGAAAUCAGUUAAGGAAGAACACUUCAAUGAAAUUCUGCCUCUAAAAGAUGUGGCUAUGGAGAAAGAUGUAGGUUCUGGUAGUGUCAGUGCCUUUCCUAGGCAAGCUAACAACUGCUUGGCAGAAAACUCGUCGACAAGAAAUGGAGCUGAAUCAAUAUUAGAGUCACUAACAAUGAAAUCAAAUAUGUUAGCAAAAAUUCCUGAGUGUGGAUCUUAUGGAAUACACCAUCCAGGAUCCUCAAGUUCAGCAGAGCCUGAACAAGUGCAGCAAGCUGAACCUAAAGUGAUCAGAAGACAAGCAGAUGGGCAUGCUGUGGCUUACGCCAUGACAAGGAACAUCAAACCUCUUCCUUGUAUCGGGGUGAAGUGCAGUAUACUGCAGAUAGAGAUGAUGAUGAAAAUUCUUCCGGUGCACGAUCCAAGCACCAUAGAAAAUAAGGGUUGCAAACCACAAUAUCUAGGUAGCAAGCUAAACUUAUGUGGGAAAAAGAUAUCCACCACACGUCAAAAGGUGCAAAGGACGAUUUUCAAGAAGAAAAAGCUAGCACAUCAUACGACAUCUUUUGCUAAAGAGAUGCUAACUGAAGCUAGCGGGACAUCGUUUGCUACUGGUGGUCAAAAUAAAUCGUGUGAAUCUGAGAACUACCAUGGUAUUCUUGGAUACUGUAGUGUUAAGCUAAGAAUCAAGUCAUUCAACAUCCCAGAAUUGUUCAUUAAGGUCCCAGAAAAUGCAACCAUUGGAUCACUUAAGAGAACUGUCAUGGAUGUUGUCAAUAGUAUAAUGGAAGGUGGUCUACGCGUUGGUGUUCUUCUUCAAGGAAAGGAUAUCCAAGGCGACAACAAGACACUUCUCGUCAAGCUGGGAUAUGCCAUGAUAAAAACUAAAUAA